GGGACCAAAUAAAACCACCUCAGUCUUACUAGCAUUUAACUGAAGAUAGUUUUGUGCCAUCCAAUUUUGUAUAUCCAGGACGUAGUCAAGAAGGGACCUAACUGCGUUAUCAUUGUUAUCACCAGGUUCUAAUGGGAGGUAUAGCUGUGUAUCAUCUGCGUAGCAAUGAUAGGAGAUAUUGUGCUUAUGGAAGAUGGAGCCAAGAGGGAGCAUGUAUAAGGUGAAUAAGACGGGCCCUAAAAUGGAGCCUUGAGGGACUCCGCAGGUGAUGGGAGCAGACGAGGAGAAGAGGUUUCCAAUUUUGACAGAGAAUGACCUGUCCGCUAGGAAGGAGGCAAACCACUGGAGGGCGCUGCCGUGAAUACCAACCUGAUGCUCAAGACAGUGCAGGAGAAUAGUGUGGUCGACUGUGUCAAAAGCGGAGCUAAGGUCCAGAAGAAUCAGGAUGGCACAUUUUCCAGAGUCAAGAGAUGAGAGCAGAUCGUUGGAGACUUUCAGCAGAGCUGUCUCUCUGCUGUGACGGGCCCUGGAACCUGAUUGAAAUUUCUCCAUGAUAUCGUUAUUUCCUAAGAAGGACAGAAGCUGUGAGUAGACAUUUUUUUCCAAGACUUUUGAUAGAAAUUGCAGUUUUUAAAAUGGGUCGGAAAUUAUCUAGAACGGUUGAAUCGAGGUUGGGCUUUUUAAUAAUGGGAUGUACUAUUGCAUGUUUAAGGCUGGACGGAACAGAGCCAGUUUCUAGACUACUGUUGAGGAUGCGUAAUAUUGUGGGACCAACCGUGUCAAACACUUCUUUUAAGAGGCAUGGUGAGAGAAUAUCCAGAGGACAAGAAGUUGGCUUAGUGUGUGUGACUAUGUCUAUGAUAUGAUCAAGGGACACAAACUGUGUCCCUUUAACUGAGACUUCACUGUAACUGAUGCCCCUUCAAACACAACGAGCUCCACUUCCUGGUUCCCUCCCCUUCAGAUCUACAGUUUGCAGAUGGGUGGAACCAACAUGUGAUGCAGUACAAGAGCUGCAGGCUGCAUUCACUACAGAAACACAUGUUGUUCAGAUCAGAGCUCAAACUUGUUUCACUUUCUCAGGAAGUUGCCACUGAGAGCAGACAUGGCGCAGAAAGGAGAUCAGCUGGACCGAGAAACCUUCUCUUGUUCGAUCUGUCUGGAUCUACUGAAGGAUCCAGUGACUAUUCCCUGUGGACACAGCUACUGCAUGGGCUGUAUUAAAACCUUCUGGGAUGGAGAGGAUCAGAAGAAGAUCUACAGCUGCCCUCAGUGCAGACAGGCCUGCACACCGAGGCCUGUCCUGGUCAAAAACACCAUGUUAGCAGCUUUAGUGGAGCAGCUGAAGAAGACUGGACUCCAAGCUGCUCCUGCUGAUCACUGCUAUGCUGGAGCUGAAGAUGUGGCCUGUGAUGUCUGCACUGGGAGGAAGCUGAAAGCCCUCAAGUCCUGUCUGCAGUGUCUGAUCUCUUACUGUGAGAAACACCUUCAGCCUCAUUAUGAUGUAGGUCCAUUAAAGAAACACAAGCUGGUCGACCCCUCGGAGAAGCUCCAGGAGAACAUCUGCUCUCGUCAUGAUGAGGUGAUGAAGAUGUUCUGCCGUACUGAUCAGCAGAGUAUCUGUUAUCUCUGCUCUGUGGAUGAACAUAAAGGCCACGACACAGUCUCAGCUGCAGCAGAAAGGACUGAGAGGCAGAGAGAGCUCGAGGUGAGUCGACAAAACAUCCAGCAGAGAAUCCAGGACAGAGAGAAAGAUGUGAAGCUGCUUCAGCAGGAGGUGGAGGCCGUCAGUCGCUCUGCUGAUAAGGCAGUGGAGGACAGUGAGAAGAUCUUCACUGAGCUGAUCUGUCUCCUCCAGAAAAGAAGCUCUGAUGUGAAGCAGCAGAUCAGAUCCCAGCAGGAAACUGAAGUGAGUCCAGUCAAAGAGCUUCAGGAGAAGCUGGAGCAGGAGAUCACUGAGCUGAAGAGGAAAGACGCUGAACUGAAGAAGCUCUCAUACACAGAGGAUCACAACCAGUUUCUACUCAACUACCCCUCACUGUCACAACUCAGUGCAUCUACAGACUCAUCCAGCAUCGAUAUCCGUCCUCUGAGACACUUUGAGGAUGUGACAGCAGCUGUGUCAAAGCUCAGAGAUCAACUACAGGACGUCCUGACGGAGAAAAGGACAAACAUCUCACCAACAGUGACUGAAGUGGACGUUUUACUGCCACAACCAGAACCCAAGACCAGAGCUGGAUUCUUAAAAUAUUCACGUGAAAUCACCCUGGAUCCAAACACAGCAUACACAUAUCUGUUAUUAUCUGGUGGAAACAGAAAAGCAGAACGAAUGAAACAACACCAGCUUUAUUUUAGUCACCCAGACAGAUUCACUGAUUGGUGUCAGGUCCUGAGUAGCGAGAGUCUGACUGGACGUUGUUACUGGGAGGUGAAGAGGGGAGCGGGGGGGGAGUUGAGGUAGCAGUCGCAUACAAGAAUAUCAGCAGAGCAGGACCUGAAUCUGGAUUUGGACGUAAUAACCAAUCUUGGUCUUUAGAUUGUGACAAUGACAGUUAUACAUUUUGGUUCAAUGAUAUCUCAACUCCCGUCUUCGGUCCUCGUUCCUCCAAAAUAGGAGUGUACCUGGAUCACACAGCAGGUAUUCUGUCCUUCUACAGCGUCUCUAAAACCAUGACUCUCCUCUACAGAGUCCAGACCACAUUCACUCAGCCUCUCCAUGCUGGACUUUAUCUUUGUUAUGAAGGAGAACCUGCUGAGUUGUGUAAACUCAAAUAGACAGAAGUCAUUUCAGACUUCAUGUGUCAGAUUCUGUUGUAAUUCUUCAUGUUUUUGU